UCGGGAGUCUUUUGAUAUUAAUCUUUAAAAAAAAAAGGGGGAAAAAAAAAUAACAAACAGACAAAAGAAAAAACAAACAGGAAAGAAGACAAACAAAACAAAAAUUACGUAUCUUUUAAACUUUCUUUGACCAUGCCGCACGUUAGUUCGGGCGGCUCCGAGGACUUUUUCUCUAAAGACGAGGUCAAAGUUUAUAAAGAUGAAGGCGAAGAAGAGAAGCGAUCCUCGGAAAAUCUUUCCGAAGAUAAGUUGGGUUUAGUAACUGAGAGUGAAGAGGGGAAAAACUCCAGUUUACCAGGACAAAGUUACCCUGGAGGCGAGAAGUCUAAUACAUCAGGGCGCCCAGAAGACGGUAUGUUGUCAUAUUGAUGUCUGUGCGUGUGUGUUUAUAUAUAUAUAUAUAUGUAUAUGUAUGUAUGUAUGCACGCACUUGUAUUUAUCGUGUUGCAAAUCCAUUUAUUUAAUUAAAAAAAAAAAAGAGAGAGAAAUCUAAAACAAAAAUACCCUGUAAGCAUCGCAUUUCAUAUCGGAUGUAGCUUUAAUUUUAUUUACAAAAUUGGAAAUAGUAUGUUUUGUUAUGAUUGGCAGUUUUGGAAGAUCUUAUAUACUAUGAUGCAUACCCUAUAUGAAAUAUAUAUAUAAUGUGAUUCCUCUUUGGCCUACUCCUUCGAGCUGGAAUCACUCGAUUAUUGUUUAGUGGUCGGCCGCUUUUUAAUUUGUCGUGUUUAAUCAAUGAUCGAUAUGUUGUAACAUAACACAAACAUACGCACUCACACAUUUUAUACACUUGUAGGAUAUGCUUAUCUUACUAUCCAUCCUAUGGAUGAGUUAAGCCGUUCAUUUCUAGAGGAAUUCGCAUAGAAGAACAGAAUAUUUUUAUUUAUUUUUAUAUUGUAAGCGUGGCAGCCAGCGAUCCCCACUUUUUU